UGUAAAGAUGGCAGUACAAAUGUUCCACAUCUUUUUGUGGUUCUUACAAAUAUUGAUUCUAUUUAAUGGCACAGCUAUGAAAGAACCUAAAGAGCCACAAGAUGUGAAAUUCGUUUCCCAGAAUUUCCAAAACAUACUUCACUGGAAAACAAGAAAUGAGACGGAAAAUAUCAUUACAUACUUUGUGCAACAUCGACUAAAUGGGAAACCCUGGUUAAACAAAACAGAUUGUUGGGGCAUCAAGGAAACUUUCUGUGACCUCACACAAGAGACAAAUCCAUUUUAUGAAAAAUUUUUUGCAAGAGUGAGAGCAAACUCAUUUAAUGAAUUCUCAAACUGGACAGAAAGUGAGGCAUUUUGCCCAAUGACAGACACACUCAUUGGCCCUGCAGAGACAGAGGUGAUUUCCUUUGAAACAUCAACCCUUGUUAAGGUGAUUGCUCCCUGCACAGUGUUAAAAAAACAGAGUGGCAGCCUGAAAUCAGUGGAAGAUAUAUAUCACAAAGUAAAAUAUGAUAUAACAGUGUCAGUCAAAGCACAGGAUCAGAUUGGUUCAGAGCAGCUGAGGACUUAUAUUACUAACAAUAAAACAUUUGGGAUCCAUCACUUAAGUCCUGGAACAACCUACUGUGUUUCUGUUCAAAUAAGGGUUCCACUCUACAGUAUGGUUGGUAAACCAAGUAAAGAACAAUGUGAGACUCUAACAAGGCCAAAAACUAGAAUAAUCCACUUAGUGAUAAUCUGUUCAGCAUGUGGGGCACUAAUCCUGGUUACACUUUCAAUUUACUUAUACUUUAAGUACUUCAAUGCCCCUGAAACACAACUACCUGCAAUGUUGACAACCUGGAAUAGGAAGGAGCUAGAAAGUGCUGUGUUUAUACCUCAAAUUAUUGAAUCAACAAAUAUUGCCAAAUGGGAAUUUACAAAAGCCUCAAAAUAUCCUAGACUUCCACUGUUACAAAAUAGACAUGAAGCACAUGUGCAGCAUUGUAAAAAAUACAUCAACAUUGAAUCUUCAGGUAGGUUCAGAAACAGAGAUUUUGACCAUAACUCUACGCAUCAGGGUACCAUUAUAUUUUAUGAGUACCUUGAGCAGCCUCAAUUUAUUUGUUCUGAAUACACACAGUUAGACGCAGAACCUGACACUUCAUUAUAUGUAGACCAGCAAGAAGAGAACAUCAGGUUGCAAUGGACUUCCCCAGACUGCUGCCAAUGCCAUUCCAAAAAGGAAUUCCAGGUUCUGGAGACAGGACCUUUUCAAAAAACAACAGAGAUUUCUGCACCUGGAUAUCCAGACUACGUCAAUGAAGACUUGUGCGAGAAUCCAAUUUUGAAGAACUGGGGACUGAUCAUCCAACAAAUGGAUAUAGUUUGAAAUUUUUAUAAAUGCAAAGUCUCAAAUAAAAGACAUUUUACCUGGACCAGAGUAAGCACUGUAAAUUUGUAGGCCUUAAACCUGGGAGAUUUUAGUUAUUUCUAAAAUUUUGUU